CUCGACUCCAAAAAUUUGCCUUGAAAGGUCAGAGGUUUGCUUCCAGUUCUUCAAAACCUGGCAAGUUGUGGUCCUGGAAGAAUCUUCCAUCAGAGACUGUGGAGCCUGAUACUGUGCAUGGGCGGCUAGUUGGUUGGGCUAGAAUCUGGGGUUGUGAAGGAACAAAGACAUGAUGAAGCAGUGAAACUUGGUUUCGUCAAGGAUGCGUCAUUUUCCGAGAACCACAAAUCGAUUGAUAGGAGCAACGCUGCUGUUUUGGGUCAGUCUGAAUGGGUAUCUUCUCUUGAAUCAAGCACAAGAGCAAACGGGCCAAGAUUCCUGUACAAUUUGUCAGGAUGGAUCUUUCCCAACCAAUCCAGAAGGCAUUGUUACCGUGGAUAGUGCUACCACAGUACUGGACUGGAAAUGUGGAGAUCUUUAUGAGGUUCUACUGCUGUUGAGUGUUCCAGCGGAUGGAGAACAAUGCACAUCACUGCAAUUUAGCGGAUUUGUGGAAUGUGGCUGUCCCAGCUUUGACAAUGAGGAAUAUUGCGCACUUUGUCCAGCUAGGUUUCACAAUAUUCCUGCUCCCGAAACAGCCAUCCCUGGCUAUGAUGGUGUCACAUGCGGCCAUAUUUUGUACGCCCCGAAAAACAACGAGAAAGCAAUUAUUCCAUGCGAUCAAUUGGAUCGGUACACGCGGCUAUGCAAUUGCCCUGAUGAGUGCUCGCUCUGUCGAUACAGUGAUGAAUAUCCCACUCAUCUCAAUCGAAGCAUCCCGUACCUCACCGAAGGCAACAAUCAUUAUGCAUGUGGUGACCUAGAGGCAGCAGCCAGGCUUCUUCCCAAAGAUGAGGGUUGCGAAGCCUUAUUACAGCCCCCAGUUGCAGUCGAUGUUCAAGGGUAUUGUGGAUGUCCCAAGACGGGUCCAAUCAACACGUGCUCUCUUUGCCCUCAUCCGAAUCAGACCAUUCAAUUCCCCGAUCUCGUGGUUCCCAACGUGGGAGGGCUCAACUGUAUCGAGCUAGAGGAAUAUCUAUCAUAUGUUACAGAUACGAAUGCGUGCAAUGUGAUUGCCGCCAAAGCCGAAGCAUGUUGUACUACUCUGGAACCAUGUCCAAUCUGCGCGGACGGAGGCAACGGUUUGGGUGCGGCCAAAGUCUACAAACCGUAUGGGCUGGGGUGUGAUUUGAUCGGACAAGCAUCUCACUAUGGCUACCCCGACUUGCCUUGUGCUGUCGCUCAGGAACGGUUCCCCUUCUUUUGUCGUUGUGUCGAUGUGCUGCCGACAUGUACCAUAUGCAAGUUGAAUCUGGUCCCUCCCUUCCCGAACCGCUUCAUUCCACUCCUGAACAUGACUUGUGGUGAAGCCAAUGACUUCGUUUCUCUCCGGACUGAAGCUGAAUGCCCCGCAGCCCUAACAGCGUUCUCGGUGGAUGUGGCUGCGUUCUGUGGCUGCAGCGAAGAUACUUCUCUCAGGGGCCGAUGUGCAUUUUGUCCUCCUGGAGAAGCUUUCAUUGUAGACUACAUCGAGCAAGGGGGGCUCACUGAAACCACUAUCUUUGGUCAACCUCAUACUCAUGAAACUUGGUGUCAAGAGCUGGAAAACCUUGCACUGUAUGUGGUAAAGACAGACCUGUGUCUUGCGGUCCAGGAAUCUGGCCGCGAGUGUUGCCGACCAUUGAUUACAGAUGCUCCCACGUUUGCAUCGACGUUCCAACCCACUGUUUUCUUUCUUGACGACAAGAAUGGAACACUAGAUGGUGGCAACAACUCUUCAGAUGAUCUGAACAACAACAAUACCAUUGCGCCUACUAUCCCAGUAGAGGAAGAAAGCGGAGGAAGCACCCCUAUGCCCAAAGAUAUUUGGUGGUGCUGGGUUUUGAUUUCGGUUGGGUGCCACAUUCUACUUUGACAAGCAACGAGCGUUUCUACCAGGUACUAGAUAGUUGGUUGCAAAACGUUCUUUGUUGACUUGUACUUCGAUCAAUCACGGGGUAUCGGGAGCUUGAAAAGGUUCAAGCAAGUUGGAUGGAAAGAUGAAUGAAUGAUUGGAACAGAAGUAUUAGUAAUAUGGAUGCGUCUGCUUAGAUUUUGGCUGGGUUUCUAGCUAGUAACACCAUCGUUUUUAACAAGUGCUACUACAAAGAUCUCCAG